GAUAAGAAUGAAAAUGAAUAUUGUAAAAAUGCUGAUCUCGGAUUAGAACAUAUGAGAAAGGGACAAAGUUUACUCUCCAACAAACAUUAUAUUGAAAGUGUAGAAGAGUUAAAUCUGAGUAUACAGCUGAUGGAUGAAUCUGAGCUCGAAAAUAUUGGAUGGAUUGCUGCAUUUAGGUCAAGUGCCUGUUUUGAGAUGAAUCUUAUUCAUGAAACAAUAUCUGAUUGUAAACUUGCUUUAGAAAACCUACCGAAGGAGAAGAUAAUUCAAAGAUUUAAAAUUUGGGAAAGAUUGGCACUUUCAACUUCAUCAGUAGGGAGUCAAGCUGCACUCCUUCAAAUUUUAAGAAGCAUAAAGUCAGAACUGGAGGACUCAGAAAUGGAAAAAAGUAAAAUAGUUUCUCUCCUGGAGAGAUUAGCAACAAACCUGAGAUCCCAGAAACCAAGCUCUAGAUGCAGGCUGAAGAACGAUGAGGAGAAGAAUGAGAGGAAUGAUGAGGAUGGGGAAGAGCGUAGACCUGGAGACUGUGUUGAGGUUAGGGUUGGAGAAGCAGGAAGAUAUGUUGUAGCUACCAGAGAUAUUCAGGCUGGUGAACUAAUACUAAAGGAUCCCAGCACAGCUGCAGUUCUUAAUAUCCAAUAUAUCAGAACAAAUUGUUCCAACUGCUUAAAGCCUGCCAUUGCUGGUGUUCCUUGUUCCACUUGUUCCCAGGUUAUAUUCUGCAGUGUUAGUUGUAGAGCUAAUGCAAACUUCCAUGCUCUGGAGUGUAAAUAUAUUCAUAUAUAUCCUACCAUAGGUCCUCUAGCCCCUAUACUUAGAUUGUUUACGAGCAAAAGUUUUGAAUAUUUUAAAGAAAACUCUGCUCUAUUCCAAUCCUAUGAUCCAACUACAGACUGGAAUCUGGAACAGGAUUUACGAUGUGUUUUUAACCUGCAAAGAAGAGAGAAAGGAAGCCAGUAUAUUCUAGAGAUGACAGUCCAGGCUUACUACGUUCUAGAUUGUCUGAGAAGAAUGGGAUUCUUUGGAGAGAAAAGUUCAGAUGAGGAUGAAUUGUAUAUUGGUAGAUUAGCAUACUGCUUUCUACUGGGGGUAGAGGAGAACUCACAUCAAAUAGUAGAAUAUCAGAACCAUACAGGGUAUACAGGAAGUUUUGAUUCUUUGUUUGAUUCUGAAGAUCUAAUUGCAGUUAUAGGAUCUGGAGUUACAAGAUAUACCUCGCUAUUCAACAAUAGUUGUGAUGUAAACACAAUCAAAUAUCACCAGGGUAAAAGUACUGUGCUCCGAGCUAAGAGAUUAAUUAGAAAAGGUGAAGAAGUUUCAGAUUUUUAUGGAGAACAUUUCUUUAAUACCGAGAGAAAGAUUCGGAGAGAUCGUCUUGGUUUCCAGUGUAUCUGUACACCCUGUAGAGAAAAUUGGGGUUUAAUGAAGAAACUACCAUCGUUUACAGAAACUAAUAAGACGAAAAUAAAGAAAAAUUGGGCCCAGGAAAGACGACAUUUAACAUCUGCUUUAGCCAGGAUGGAUGUUGAAUCCAUCAAGGAUUCAUCACUAAAGUUAGGAAAACUUGCUGGAGUCUCCCCUCCUCAUCAGGAUCUUGUGGUCCCUGAGAUGUAUUUAAACUACAGCCUCUGCUAUCUAUAUGGAAACAAAUCUUUAAGAUUUCUUCAAUUUUCUAAAACUGUUUAAAAAAAUAAACCUUUUUUG